AUGAUAAAAGCGGAACUAGGAGACGAACAAUACAAUGGAGACCCAACUACCGCUGAGCUGUGUAAACGGGUAGCAAAGCUUCUUGGAAAGGAGGUUGCAGUGUUUCUCCCAUCGGGCACCAUGUGUAACCAAACCGCAAUCAACGUGCACUGCCGACCAGGAGAUGAAAUCGUCUGUGACCGAACAAGCCGUAUUGUCGGCUACGAGACAGGUGGCCCAGCUGCGAACUCGGGAGUGAUGAUUCAUGCAAUUGACGGAGAGCGCGGAAUCUUUACAGCGAAGCAGCUCAAGAGUGCUAUCAGAGCCCCUUCACAAUAUUUCCCUGAGAACGGCAGGCCUUGGCGGAGGAGCGAUAUGCCUCUAUCCACACUCCAGGACGUCGCUGCAAUUGCCAAAGAAGCAGGGAUGGCAACACAUAUGGAUGGCGCCCGCCUCUUCAAUGCUGUUGCUGCUACUGGCAUUUCGGCGGCAGCGUAUGCUGAAUCUUUCGACUCGGUCUGGAUUGAUCUAAGCAAAGGGCUUGGGUGUCCGAUAGGGGCGGUUCUAUGUGGAUCUGCGGACUUCAUUCGAAAAGCGUGGCGGCUGAAGCAGAGGUUUGGAGGAGUAAUGAGGCAAUCUGGUAUCGUUGCGGCAGCGGGGAUAUAUGCUCUUGAUCAUAAUAUAAAAUGUCUUUCCGAGGACCACGCAAAUGCUAGGUUGUUGGCCAAAUUAUUGUCCGCUAUUCCGGGCGUCAGCAUCAAGCUGGACGAAGUGGAAACCAAUCUGGUUUAUUUCGAGGUGAAUGACCGGGAGGGCCGCUCGGCAGCUGCGGAUUUUGUGGCAAAAACCGCAUUCUAUGGGUAUUAAAGGGGGAGCAAUGGGUGCGUCGACCGUUCGGUUUGCAUCCUAUUUGAACGUCAGUGAGGAUGAUUUUAGAGCAGCUAUGCCUGCUAUUAAAAGAGCCAUGACUUCGAUAACUGAACAAUAGAAAUCUGUAGAGUGAUGAGGAACGAUUGAUAACUUUGGGAAUAGAUAUGCCCUAUUAGUUUAACUAUUAACUAAAUUUAUCGAGCAAUCAGAGCAUCUUGCAGGAUACUCUAUGGGGUAUAAUUUUCCUCCUAGAUCCCACUGCUCAUUACAACAUAUGUGCCGCCACCCCUUUUCCCCGCCUCGUCAACAA